AUGGCUGUAGCCCGAGCAUGCUGGCAGCUGGGGGCCCUGGUGUGGGGCGCCUGCCUCUGCGUCCUGGUGCACGGGCAGGAGGCGCGGCAGGGGCAGGGCUCGGACCCGGGGCGCUGGCGGCAGCUGAUUCAGUGGGAGAACAACGGGCAGGUGUACAGCCUGCUCAACUCCGGCUCAGAGUACGUGCCGGCCGGGCCCCAGCGCACCGACAGUAGCUCCCGGGUGCUGCUAGCCGGCGCACCCCAGGCCCCGCAGCGGCGCAGCCAAGGAGGCCCCCGGCGUCGGCAAGCCCCGUCGCUGCCCCUGCCAGGGCGCGUCGGCUCGGACACCGUGCGCGGCCAGGCGCGGCACCCGUUCGGCUUCGGCCAGGUGCCCGACAACUGGCGCGAGGUGGCCGUCGGGGACAGCACUGGCAUGGCCCGGGUCCGCACCUCCGUCUCCCAGCAACGACACGGGGGCUCCGCCUCCUCGGUCUCGGCCUCGGCCUUCGCCACCACCUACCGCCAGCCGCCCUCCUUCCCUCAGCAGUUCCCCUACCCGCAGGCGCCCUUCGUCAGCCAGUACGAGACCUACGACCCCGCGUCGCGGACCUACGACCAGGGCUACGUGUACUACCGCGGCGGCGGCGGCGGUGGCGCGGGGGCGGCGGCCGUGGCCUCGGCGGGGGGGCCCAUUCAUCUUCCUCCAGCCGGCAGCGCUACGAGGAGUAGCAGUGAGGCGAGGAGCAGCUCCUGCCCGCCGCAGGCCUUCUCUACCUGGCCCCCCGAGGAGGCCCUCACGCGCUCCUGCUGCUGCCGCUGCUGCCGCCCGCCGGAUCGCUGGCGGCGGUGCCUGCUGCCGACCCUGCCCGGCUGGCAAUCUCGCUCCCACGCCAACGUGCCGCCUGAGGCCUACGUCCUGCCGGCUGUGGAGCCGCAGCCCCUGUUCUGCGUGCUGGGAGCCGCCCCACCUGGGCCGGUGCGUAGCUCCGCCCCCCGCCCGGUGGGAGUUGGCGCGCAGCAGGGCUGCCUCAGCGUGGGCAGUGCAAAUGGCCCAACCAGAACCAAACGGCCUGCGAGGCUUCCGGGGACCAGAGCGCGAGAACCAGCUUGCACCGAGGUGGGCCCUCGCUUUGAGGGCCCUAGGAUCCCUUGGGAAAUGACUGCAGGCAAUUCCUGGAGCUUGAGUGAGAUCACGCUGGCUGCCUGGACCAGGCUCCCGCAUGAGGCCCAGGCCCAGGGUCUCCCUGACUUGGUCCCGGACCCCAACUACGUGCAAGCAUCCACUUAUGUCCAGAGAGCCCACCUGUACUCUCUGCGCUGUGCUGCGGAGGAGAAGUGUCUGGCCAGCACGGCCUACACUCCCGAGGCCACUGACUACGACGUGCGGGUGCUGCUCCGCUUCCCCCAGCGAGUGAAGAACCAGGGCGCCGCGGACUUCCUCCCGCACCGGCCACGGCACGCCUGGGAGUGGCACAGCUGUCACCAACAUUACCACAGCAUGGAUGAGUUCAGCCACUACGACCUGCUGGAUGCAGCCACAGGCAAGAAGGUAGCCGAGGGCCACAAGGCCAGCUUCUGCCUGGAGGACAGCACCUGUGACUUCGGCAACCUCAAGCGCUACGCAUGCACCUCUCACACGCAGGGCCUGAGCCCCGGCUGCUAUGACACUUACAACGCGGACAUCGACUGCCAGUGGAUUGACAUAACUGAUGUGCAGCCCGGGAACUAUGUCCUCAAGGUUCACGUGAACCCGAAGUAUAUUGUUUUGGAGUCUGACUUCACCAACAAUGUGGUGAGAUGCAACAUUCACUAUACAGGUCGCUAUGUUUCUACAACAAACUGCAAGAUUGUCCAGUAA